AUGCAAAUCUUGGUCGUCAACGAUGACGGCCCACCUUCAGGGGUCUCACCAUACUUCCUACCCUUCGUAGAAGCCUUGCAAUCGCAUGGCCACGGUACUCACGUCGUCAUACCUGACAAGCCACUGUCCUGGAUUGGAAAGGCUCAUGCGUUCGGCAAGUCUUUGACAGCACGCCACGUCUGCCCUUCAACAUACACCCAGAGCCAAAAGUGCUCAGCAGAUGAUCAACCGGAGUGCAUCAAGCACAGCUGGACCGUCUUGGACGGCUCUCCAGCUAGCUGCACGCAGAUUGGACUGUUUCAUUCUGAAUGGUUAGCUGAGGAUAUCGACCUUGUCGUAUCUGGCCCAAAUCACGGCAGAAAUGCGUCCACUAUCUACAACCUUUCAAGUGGAACUGUUGGCGGAGCACUCGAAGGCGCUCUGUGUGGGAAAAGAUCGAUCUCCUUAUCAUUCGGCAGCAAAGAUCCCCAGCCUGAAGCGAUUGUCGGGGCGGCGUGCGACAGGGCAGUCAGUUUGAUCGAAAUGCUCUAUCGACGCUGGGACCCUGAAGUCGAGCUGUACAACAUCAACAUCCCCAUGAUAGAGACGAUCGAUAAGUGCCCAGCUGUCUUCACAGUGCCGUGCCCCACGUAUUGGAGCAGGGGCAGUCUGUUUGCGGAGGACAAGUCCAGUUCGAAUUCAUUCGAACGCCAGUUCAGAUGGGCCCCAGAGCUCUCCGAAAUCCAGCAAGCAGCGAAGCGAAGCUCCGAGGGAGAGGACCUUUGGCCCUCACAAAAUGGCGUCAUUUCGUAA